AUGUCACAAUAUAUUAGAGUUCGACAAAAGGUUAAAUGUUGCUGCAAAGAAUGUUGUUAUAAAAAUUCUAAUGGAUAUAUAGUCAAUACGAGAACAAAAAAGCAGUAUAAAGAAGUAGAAGCAUCUUUUCAAAAUGAGUUCAUUAAGAAAAGAAAAAUAAAUAGUUAUCAAACUAUAUAUGCUAAGAGCUCAGUACAAUCAAAAGAUAAUGAUCAAGGUGAAAUUAGUCUUAAUGAUGUAAAUCAAAGCAAUAUUGAUGAAGUAAACUAUACCAAGUUAAAGCCUCAUAAAAAUAAAACUGAAUUAGUUAAUAUCAAUAAAAGUAAUCAUUUUGAGAAUAUAGAGUUUUUGAAUAAUAAUAAUAAUAGUAAUCACUUUAAGAAUAUUGAGUUUUUGGAUAAUAGUAAUAGUAUAAUAGAAAAUAAUAGUGAUAAUAACUCAGAAAAUGUGAUGUUAAUAUCUUCAGACGAUUUAGAACUUUAUGAAGAAAUUGAAUAUUUAAAAAGUAGUUCAGUUAAUCCAUUUCAUACUCCUAAAGUUAAUUUCAAUAAACCUACCUAUAUUCCUGAGUCUAAUAUAAAUCUUGAUGAUUUAUUGUGA